GUAAGCUGAGUACUGCCAAGAGACCUGGGACCGAGGUGCGAUAAUGAUGAGUAAGGAUGGUGUGGAAGUUAAGGAAGAGCUGCCCAAGAAGGUGCGGGCGGAGGAGGUGCCCCCUUCAACAGCGCCAAACCCCUAUGCCCCGUAUGACCACCUGUUGUACAUGUGGCGGUGUGCAGCUAUGGCGCCCUCCUGGACGGCUACCCCGCUCGUUACCAGGGAUGGCAAGGUUUUGCCCCCUCCCCCACCUGCCAUCGUCAGAGACAGUGUUCCAGCACCAGUGCCAGCCUACCUGAGCCAGGGUCCUCCCGUAUUGGCAGAUCCUGGUCGUGUGGUGCCUCUCUCUGACUCUCUGAAGUUUGAGCGUCACUACCAGCCCAAUGUCGCCUUGGCCCCUCCCAAAGUGAGGGAUAAGGCUUUCCGCGAGUCACUGCCCACCAAGGAUAUCUCUCCUGGUGAACUUAUCCAUGAUGCUCAUGACAACAAACUUGCUGUGUUUCUGCAGAUUGGGAAACCAGUCGAGGUGGAAUGUAUAAAGCGUGAGACUUCUCCUGUGCCACCACUGUGUCACCAGCCAUCCUCUCCAACCACGACACAUUCAGUAAAUAGACCGACUCAAACCCAUCAACACACUCAGCACCAUCAGCCAAGGAAAAUUUGUAGUCCAGAUACAAGUGGGCGUCAUCCUGAACUAGAGUUGUCAACAACGGACUCCGACACUGAUUCUGUGGGCUCGGUCGGCAAUCACAGUGAAACAGUGGAGGAAGCAGAGGGUCUGCUUCGAGGUUGGAGUGACAGAGCAGCAGCAGGAAAGGUAGCUCAGUUGGUUGCAGAUUUGGUUGCGCGUCUUGCUGCAAGUGAUCGUCAAAAAGCAGCUCUCAGACAGCGCCUUGAUGCACAGACACGUGACCACAAUCAUACUGUCGCAACUCUACGCAACCAGCUCAUGGUUACCACACAACACAACAAAGAUGAAGAUCAGUUGCGUGAAAAGGUGUGUGAGAUGGAGGGUGAGUUGCGAGCUUUGCGUGAAGAGUUGCGUCCUCGCCCUCCCCCGUCUGUGAUAGCUCCCACCUCCCCUGUCAAGACUGAGCCCAGCGACGUUACCGACACAUGUUAGGCCGCCGCCUGAGCACUGGCUCGUGCUGUCCCCAGUACCGCAGAGAUGGUCGCAGUACAAAUGUGGCGCUAAUGUGCCGCCCGGGCUGCCUGCUGCUGCUGUUGCUGUUGGGCACCUGGGCCCAGGCUGCUGCUGCGGACCCGCGGUCGCAACCUUCUUGUGGCUGCGGGUGGCCGCCCCCCUCACUAGCUAAAUGCCUCAGGUUUGUGCCUGUAGUCAGGUGAGGUGGGGGCCGCGCCAUGAUCUCAGCCCGUACUCACCGCACGGGUCUCACUUGGUGCUACGCCACAGCCGUGUGUCGGGUGGUGCCACUGGCCGUACAUGGUGCUCAUGUGGGGCCGCUGCCCCUCUGGUGUACAGAGGCUGUGUGGUGCCGCCCCGGCACCAGGACGCUCUGGGGGCCCAAGGGGGGAUCACUGCCCCCCAGGGCCUAGGAAAAGCAAGUACAAACGCAUAAGUUAACGAAUCUGCUUUGUUGGGAAGGUUAAAUAUAAAAAUUUUAAAGAUUAUAUAAAUGGUUUACUAUGGUAAGCCUACUGCCUGGUGAGCAGUGGGCAGUAGUGUGGCCCAGGCCAGCUCACCACCAAGCCUGACCCACUUAGUCCUACUGCUGCCCUUAUAACCACGCACGCGCGCACCAACCCAGUGAUGACUGUACCCGCGUCAGCUAUGCAGUGUUAAAUCGAGUCAGAUGUUGCUUGAAGCAUCUCACGUUGGUGGAGCGCCACUUGAACGCCAUGACCAGAGACCCACAAAACUCUGGCGUACCUGCCCAAAAAAUUGUUGUCAUUUAAAGAGAUUUAUAGUUGUAUCAGUUAGGGGCCCAGGUCACGGCGCUCACUUUGGCCGCUUAUUUGUGUUCAUCUAUGUAACUAGUUAAUUCUUGAUAUGUGUUAAGAUUAAAUCUUUCACUAUUGUUAUUUAUAAUUCUCUACUAUGCUAGUACACGUGCAGCCGUGCGUGCAUGGGGAGGAAGAGUCCACAAUCUCUCUCUCCCCACCACACCACCCUGGCCUGGCGGUCUGUGCCAAGUUCAUCUUGCCCCCUAACUUACCUGUCAUUUGUUUGUAAUAAGUACAUAAGGUUAUUUAGGUGACUCAUCAAGCAAAGCUUGGUCUAGGAUUUAUUAUUUUUGGUAGAACUGCCCCCCAUAUAGCCAUGGCGGUUGUGAUCCAUCCGCCAUGGGCCGUUGUGUUGUAGCUGCCAAUGUAGGCUGCCCACCAGUCACCCACCAGCACCACUCCUUUCUGAGUGCCAUUAUGAUGGGUGACAGAUGGGCAGAGUAUGAGGUGAGUCAGCCAUUAACAGUGUGUGGGAGGGGAGUGCAGUGGACAUGUGAUGUUCACGGCAUAUGAUGACCGUCCGGCUCAGAGCCCUGUACACCUUCCCACCACUUCACUACCACCGCCCAGUACAGUUGCCACCAGCCAGGCGGGCACACUGCGGCACACUCCUAGUGAGAACAGAACCCAGUCAGUUCCGCAGAUGUGACAAACUCCAAAAAAUCCUGAAUUUAUUUGUUAUACUCAAUGGGUGGCACUCUAAAAAUAAAAUUGUGUCCAAAGAA